GCGCUGGGCGGGAAUAGUCACUCUCGCGCGCUACAGGAUUGACAUGGCGUCGUGCGCUGUACAGCUGAUUGACAAAGUAACGAGGAAGAAGGUUGAAAAACUGAAAUUUGAAACAAACAUUUUGAAGGGCCCUUAUAUGAAGCACCCUUUACAAAACAGAUGGGGUCUUUGGUUCUACAAGAAUGAUAAGAGCAAAAUGUGGCAAGACAAUCUAAGGCUCAUCACCAAGUUCGACACAGUUGAGGACUUCUGGGCCUUAUACAACAACAUACAGCCGCCAAGCAAACUCUCCUCUGGCUGUGACUACUCUAUGUUCAAGGAUGGCAUUGAGCCCAUGUGGGAAGACAGGAGUAAUAAAUGUGGUGGCCGCUGGUUGAUUACUCUAGCCAAGCAGCAUAGACGCACAGAACUUGACCAUUUUUGGCUGGAAACGCUGUUGUGUCUUAUUGGAGAGGGCUUUGGCUCCUUCAGUCGGGAUAUCUGUGGAAGUGUAAUCAAUAUUCGUGCCAAAGGGGACAAAAUUGCCAUCUGGACCUCCAAUGCUGAGAACUGUGAGACAGUGACAUACAUUGGUAAGAAGUAUAAAGAAAGUCUUGGGCUCCCGCAGAAACUUGUCAUUGGAUAUCAAGCCCAUGCAGACACUGCAACUAAGAGCAACUCCAUAACCAAAAACAAGUUUGUUGUUUAAAAAGUGUGCUUUAGUUUGAUGCUGUUGCAGAGGCCUGGAUGUUUACAUUGGUAAAAGAAUAAUCUUCUAUUCAUAUUUUUUUGUUACUUUAUAUGUGUGGCUGUAACUUGUGGCAUUUAAAUUCACCUUGAUGAUAUGCAAGACUUCGUAAAUGUUGAACUUGUUUGAGUUGUACUUUUUGUGCUAUUGAAGGGAUGUCUAAACUGCUAAGACCUUUUUCUUUGAAAAUUAAAACGAACUACUUUUGCAAAUGUUUGUGGCUUCAUGCAUGUGUAAAGAGAAAAUACUUUGGCUUUCCUUUUGAAGUCCUUUCCUUUCAUAAUUGAAGUUAAAAAAGUCUUAAAAGACAUACUGAACUGCCUUUCAAAGAAUCCACUUGUAUACAUAGAUUUACUUAAUGGCAGCAGCACUUGAGCUGACGUGGCCACCACAAAUUAGUGCAAAAACCUGAUGAUCCAUUACAUGUUAUCCAGCAUAAUUUGUGAAUGUUCCAGAAAGCAUCUUGUGAUUUAUUAGAAAUUAGGAAAUCUCUCCUUUAGGUAUCUUAAAUAUUUCUCAAUUUUCUGUCAUUUUGUUCCUAAAAAAGAAUGUGUGUAAACAAAUGUUCUGAAACCUUAUGGUUCUGAGCAUGUUGAAUAAAGUAGUUUUUAGCAGAUUUUUAGAUUUUUCCUAAUCCUAACCGUAUUUGGGACUGAAAAAGUGUGCUUGAGAGAAAUCUUUAGUGACUCACGAUUGGUCGUGUACAUUUAAUCCUGCUUUUGAUGCACCACAAUUGAAAAAUAAAUCACAAACAUGUUGACAAG